UUGUGCUGCUGGCAGAAUACUAGUCUUGAAAAUGAGUUACUGAGACUGCUAUAAUCGCAGUAAUUUCCGUCGAAUAUCACAUAACCACUCGGCUGCGGUGUACGGAUGAGUACUGAACGAUUAUGUAAAGUUCUGACACAUUUGAAUGAAUUGAUAAUUGCUAACAAGUCCUGCCGAAAAGUUGAUCAUGCUGAGAAUGAAGAUUCCCAUUCGAACGGCGGAAGGAGACCAUACCGUCGAAGACGAGCAGGAAAAUACCGAUUUCAGCAGUCACACUAUUGAUUCGGUUCCAUAUUGUGGUGUGAGGUUCAAAAAUUCAGCGGGGGAGUCAUAUCGCCAGUGGCAAAUUGACAAGAAGGCUGUGUUUGAGUGGUUCGGCUUGCACCUCAGCCCAGCGAAGCGGAUAGAGUUUAUGUACGGACUACUUCAUAUGUGUCAACCACUUGAGAUUCGCUUUUUGGGAUCAUGUCUUGAGGAUCUUGCACGGAAAGAUGUCCACGUUUUCCGGGACUUUGAGAUAACAGCAAACUGUCAAACUGACUUGGCCUUCCUUAAGGACGUUAGCGACCAUGUUUUGCGUUCCAAACUACAUGUCUACCUGUCACUUUUGCGAUCUGGAAACAGAGAAUGUGCGGACACACUGUAUCGUGCUUUGAGCCAUAUUGACCCAGCGCUGUACUUAAAUACUUAGCAUGGCGUUCCUUUAUCUCCACGUGGUGGGAACACUCAGAAUGUACCUGAUCAACAUUGCCCUCGCGAGGGUGGAAUGGAGUCUGGGAGAUCGGUGCAUCCCAGCGGGACUCCACUGGAGGCAGAGUCGGGUUCCCUGGAGCACUUGGCGCUGCUUUUCACCUUGGCCUCACUACACCCUGCGUUCCCUUUUUUACCAGAAGGAUACUGUCAGACACCAGUUGGAUAAUGUGGAACUGGUCUUAGAGGAGAGAAUGGAUUGCCACAAACGCAUGAGUUUCCAGGACCAUUCUUAUCUGUCAGAAAAGAUACAUCAUCUCUCUCCCUUAAACUUCCCGCAAGAAGUUCACAUUGACAAGAUUGUGCUAAAGACGAUAUCUUGGAACCGAGUAAACAGUGAAUACGGUAUUGAGGUCCAGUGGUCUGACUCAACAUGGACCACAAUGACCAAGACUCACCAUGAGCUGGGCGACUUCCUGUCUAAGAGGUCCACUGAGCCCUUUGAGAAGGGCCUGGUGAGGUUACUGGCCCAGGGAUACCAGUAUGAGCCCAGGGACCUGGAGAGGACACUACAGGAGAUGCUUCUGUCAGCCCCAGCAGCCUUCAGGCAGAGACGAGAGGUCUGCAGGUUCCUCCUCCCCCACUGCAGCCACUGUAAGUGUCUGUGCCCCUGUCACAGCCUUCAGGCAGAUAACACAGCACCUCCUGGAAAGACCUGUAAGGCACCUGAGCACUUUAAAGAAGGCUGCACUGAGCCAUCCAGUCAGGACCAUGACAUAGGUUCUCACCACCUAAGGCAUCAGAAGGCGUGCAGCAGCAAGAGGCUAGGCCAGAGGGCACACUGAUGACAAAGAGCAGCCAGAGUGAGAGCCAGAGGCCUGCUGUUCACGCAGAGCACAAUGGAGUGAUGGAGAGGAGGAGGAGGAGGAGGAGGAAACCAGGCAUCAUGACCUGUAGGCCAGACCCACAUCAGAACACAGAUGAGAAAUUGGCUUUCACUCCAGAAAAAAAGAGCAGAAGAAGACCUGGUGGAAGGAGAAGUGAUGGGGCUAAAGGCUACAUCCCCAGCAGCUUCAUCAGACCACAGUCAACACACAUGACCAGACAGGGUGCCAGUAACAGGAAGUAACCAAUGGGUGUGGCAAUAGCCACCCUAUUUGUUUUCCAGCUUAACAAUUCACAUUAUAACAACAUGUAUGUUGUGUGUUCCUUUACCACUGUAGAGAAGAGACAUCCUACACUGGCAGUCCCCUGAGUGUACACACUAUCAAUGACGGUCCAGAAUGGGCAAACCAUGCCAGACAGGACGGUCAUGGUCACUCCACAGCCGGGGGACGGUUCACCAGCAGAUGGGGCACUGACUGGGACCACCUCCGUGGUUCCUCAGGAGUCCAUCGCAAGCCAAGCUUCCCUGGGAGACCCUGAGAGGCAGAGGCACGUGUCUGCCCCCCUGAGCUCACCUCAGCUAGCCAAUGCAGGGUCCAGCAUUUACCUAAACCCCCAGUGUUAUAUGACCCCUACCAGCCCAGAGAGUAGAAGCACUAACCCCCAUCACCAGCCCCCAAUGAGCGCCAUCAGUGUCAUCCCCCUGACCUUCCACGUGUGCCCCCUGAGGCCAGCAUACACCAGCACUGACCCAGCCUCCACCGCCACCCUACCCCUAGCAGCCUCUCUCCCUGACCCUAGCACCAGGACUCAAGCCCUGGCUGCGCCCACCAGCAUACCCACCCCUACCUCCGUGACACCCUCCUCAGUGGCCACUGUCACCCCAGCUGCAAUCAGCCAGGUUCAGACCACUCUGCCCCCAGCCAUCCCCACUCACACCCCCGGCCCCGUGGCCAGCCCAGCCCUGACCCUCAUCCACAGCACGGCCCAGGGAGAUGGUGCCUCUUGCAGCAGCUCUUGGGUGGCAGCAGGGCAGGCCCAGACCCAGCAGCAGGCCCUCCCUCCACAGCAAAAGCAGAUGAGCUGCAAUUCCUGUGGUUGCCGUGGCAGCUGUGGUAAUAGCCACUCUACCAGCCCCAACUUCUCCUUCCCUCCCCAGCUGAGGCGCCAGGUUUUCAGCAAUGCCCACCUCCCUCUCUUCCACCUCCCAUCCAUGUGCAGCACUGGAUAUCCCAGCCACCGCUGCCAGGUCCAACACCAGAGCAACGCCACCACCCAGCUACCUUUCUACUCCCCUCCACCUCACACGGGCCACCCCCACCUCCACGCCACUUCCACCACAUGCUGGCCACCCGGGCUGGUUACAACCUGCAGCAGAUGGCAGCUGCUCCCUUCAACAGCUUCUACACGCCCAUGUUCUCCUCGUUGGGACUGGGACUGGGCACGGGCACGAUGAAGAGCAGUGCCAACGUCUCUUGCUAUAACUGUGGGCUAAGCGGGCAUUAUGCCCAGGACUGCAAACAGCCCUCCAUGGACGCCGGCAGCAAGGUAAUAUUGGCCAGGCUAGUGGCAGAGAGAGGAGGUGAAGUCUCUCAGAGAUUCCUCAUCCUUAGUUUCAGCAUAGGAAGGCAAAGCUUUAUUUGGUAACCUGUUGUCUGAAGCUGGAUUGUCUGAAUGAGCUCUAUUAAAUACCCAGGCCAAGUGUUAAAACAUGUUUUGAUAGGACUGACUCUGAAUCUGAAAGACUAGCAUAGACUAUGGACAUCACAUUUCUUUAGGUUACUUGUUAGGCACGCGACACUGACACACUCCUGUGUGUGUGUGUUUCAGGUGACUUUCGGCUGAAGUACAUGGCCCCCCCACUUAUUUGAAGCAGACUAAACUGACUGACAUGAGGGGACCAAGGCAAUGCUUUGUUUCUCACUACAGUAAAGGUUCCAGAAAAUGUUUUCGUGGGUUGAGUUUUUCACAAAUUGUAUAACUUUGCAAAUAUCCGGACUUGUUUCUCAGCAGAGAAUGGAAUCCUGUAUCAUUCUCAAAUCCAAAAUCACCCUAGCCACUUCGGAAAUCUGAAUGCAUUGGAUAGAUUAAAUCAAUGGUGAAAGCUUUACCUGAGCUUGCCUUCUGAUAAGCCAAGUGGAACUCCUACCAUAUUGCCUUCACCUAUACAAUACUUCCUGAUCUAAGGUUAGAGUUUUGGAUUGGGCUACAGAAUCAAUGGUCCCUUGUCCUACCGCCCAUGCAUGUACUGUACCUAUUGAAUGUGUGGCUCCUGCCUGUUUGUGUAGACGUGUCCAGCUCUUUGUUGCCAGAACGUACGUGCCAUAUUCCUCCUUUCUCAUGCAGCAAGGAGGUUGUAUUAUGCAUGUAAGUGUAUAUUUGUGCACAGCAGUAAGGGGCUCACUUCACACACAUACCUUACCUGUAUGAUUGACGACUAUACAGAAUAACUUCUGUAUUAGAAAAAAGGUAACACGGUUGUUUGUGGGUUUGAAAGCCACUUGUCUUUCACUGUUCGUUGAGGUGGGUUGUUUUGUGUUUUCCACAGACAGGCAAAAAAUAUGUAAACUAUUUGAAAUUACAUUUAGGUAAAAUCACUGUUUUAUUAACUGGAACUUAUCCUCUGUUUUUCUGUAAGAAGCUUUUCAGGGUUUUUUAAGCAUUUUGUAUUGGAUUUCAGAGGCCUAGUUGUUGACUUUAUUUGAAUGAAUAUCUUUAUUUUGAUAAAGAACAUUUUAAAGUUGAGUGGAAAAAUAGACUAUCAAGCUUGGGUUGUAUUUGUUUAACUUUUCUAUAGUUAAAGAUGCUGUGCUGUAGAUUAAGGUCGUGUUACCUCUGAUGCGAUGACUGCAUUACUAAAUGUUAACAUGUAGUUACUGAAAGGGAAGAAUACAAUAGUUCCUUCCUGUGCUAAAUUAAGCUACCAUCAUUUUUUUCAGUUAAGUUGGUAGCAAUCAAACAGCUAAGUUUAUCUUUUUUAUAUGGGGAGAAACCCAUACUAUAAUGAACAAAAGGAAAUGCAAUUUCAAACAUUUUAAUGAGUUACAGUUCAUAUGAGGAAAUCAGUCUAUUUAAAUAAAUACAUUUGGUCCUAAUGUAUGGAUUGUACAUGACUGGGAAUACCGAUAUGCAGCCGUUAGUCAGAUACCUUAAAAGAAAUGGGCCUCAGUAUAUCGUCACAGUAUUUCUGUGCAUUCAAAUUGACAUCGAUAAAAUGCAGUUGUAUUGGUUGUCCGUAGUUUAUGCUUGCCCAAACCAUAACCCUGUCGUCAACCAUGGGGCACUCUGUUCACAACUUUGACAUCAGCAAACCGCUCCCCCACACGAUGCCAUACACGUGGUCUGCGGUUGAGGCUGGUUGGACUCAUUGCCAAAUUCUCUAAAAUGGCGUUGGAGGUGGCUUAAGGUAGAGAAAUGAACAUUACAUUUUCUGACAACCGCUCUAGUGGACACUUCUGCAGUCAGCAUGCCAAUUGCAUGUGCCCUCAACUUGAGACAUCUGUAGCAUUGUGACAAAACGGCACAUUUUAGAGUGGUCUUUUGUCCCCAGCACAAGGUGUACCUAUGUAAUGAUCAUGCUGUUUAAUCAGCUUUUUGAUAUGUCGCACCUGACAUAAUCCAAGUGGAUGGUUUAUCUUGGUAAUGGAGAAAUGCUCACUAACAGGAAUGUAAAAAAAAUUGUGCACAAAAUCUUGAGAAAUAAACUUUUUGUGUGUAUGAAGCAUUUCAGGGAUCUUCUAUUUCAGCUCAGGAAACAUGGGACCAACACUUUACAUGUAUUAAUCAUUUUGUUCAGUGUAUAUCGUGUUGGCAAAAUAAAUUCUUCAGUGUUUUUAUCCUUUGAA